AUAAAAUAUACCUGCUUGUCGUCCAAACGGCACCUCCACGCCUUCACAAGACCAGACGAUCCAUAUUUUCCCCGUCAUUCCGUCGCUGCGUGUCUGCGCGUUUCCCGCCAUCUGCGACUGUGACCACAACCACGAACUUGCGCCCAAGGGAACCAUCUGAAACCCCCAUCGAAAGUUUACCAACGACCCCUCCAUCAUGGCUUCCAGCGGAGCCGAGGAGGUUGACCUCUAUGGUGAGGUCCACAUGGAAAAGUCAAAGACCCUAUUUCUAACUUUGGAACAGAAACCCUUGGUAUAUCGAGAGACGCCACCAAAUCAGAAGUCAAGAAGGCCUACCACAAGGUAUGUUUACAUCAUAAUCUCGGAGCCUCUUCGCUGACCAACAUUUUCAGGCUGCUUUACAACACCACCCAGAUAAGGUCUCGGAAGAUAAGAGAGAGGAAUCCGAAUUGAAAUUCAAAGCUGUCAGUCAGGCCUACGAAAUCCUUUUCGAUGAGGAAAAACGCGAGAUGUACGAUGCCCAUGGCAUGGCAGCCUUCGAUCCAAGCAGAGCAGGUGGGAUGGGUGGCGGGCCAGAUUUGGAUGACAUCUUGGCGCAAAUGUUUGGUAUGGGUGGAGGUAUGAAUUUUGGAGAAGGUGGAAUGCCAGGUGGACCAAAACGCCCACGCAAAGGACGCGACGAAGAACAAAAGUAUAGCGUUACGCUCGAAGAACUCUACAAGGGGAAGACCGUCAAAUUCGCCAGCACCAAGAACAUUAUCUGCAGUCAUUGUAAAGGCACUGGUGGAAAAGAGAAGGCAAAGCCAUCAACCUGUGAUAGAUGUAAGGGUAAUGGUGUCACGGUGGGCCUUCGCCAGGUUGGUCCAGGACUCGUUACCCAGGAACGCAUGAUCUGUGAUCCUUGUUCAGGAACUGGAAAGAUUUUCAAGGAGAAGGAUAGGUGCAAGAAGUGUAAGGGAAAGCGAACAACAUCGGAAAAGAAGGCCUUGGAGCUUUAUAUCCCACGAGGCGCUCAGGAAGGAGAACGGAUCACCUUAGAGGGAGAGGCAGACCAAGUGCCUGAUCAAAUACCCGGCGACAUCGUCUUCACGCUUGCGGAAGAGGACCAUGAUGUCUUUCAAAGAGCUGGCGACGAUCUCUCAGCAGAGCUCGAUAUUACUCUUUCGGAAGCCCUCACGGGAUUUUCGAGAGUUGUCCUCACACAUCUUGACGGUCGUGGUAUCCACCUUGAUCACCCCCAAGGCAGAGUAAUGAGACCUGGUCAGAUUUUAAAGAUUGAGGGAGAAGGUAUGCCUCUGAAACGAUCCGACUCAAAAGGCGAUUUGUAUCUCGUUGUCAAAGUUGAAUUUCCGGAGAACGGGUGGACUGAAGAUCCAGCUGCUUUCGCAAGUCUACAAAAGGUCCUGCCACCACCGGAACCUAAGAUUGAGGCGACUGAGGUCGACGAAUGCGAAUAUGAUUCUGAUGCUGAUAUUGAAGAUGUAAGUGCAAAAUCAUCCUUGUUUUAGAUAAGCCUAACAUUACUAGUUCGGAGCGAAUUCAGGGGAUCCUCGGGGCGGCGGACAAUGGGAGGAUGAGGAUGAGGGCGAUGGGCAACCUCAGUGUGCUCAGCAAUAGACAGCUAGACUUCGUGAGGCGUUCAUAUAUCGUUUCAUUUUAUGGUUUCGCUAGUAUGCAGUUGGGUACUGUAAAGCAGCAGCUCAUGGAUAGUGACAGUACCUAGGAUUGGAUGGCUGGUUCGUUCUGCAUUGCUGCACCUGUAGAAAGCCAGCAUUGCAAAAGUCCACAAUGAACAGGACACGAAUGAUAAUAGAGUCACGACAUGUAUUUACGAACUUAGAGAGAAAAUACAUCUCUAUUUCUCCG